AACACUUUCUUAAUUUCCCGACUCUUAGCCCUUUUAUCUAAUCUCUAAACAUAAAAACAUGGCCAAAACUCUACCUUUAUCUUCUCCUGCUCCAAAUGCUCCAACUUCUUCAACCACUUCUCUACUGCCGACAGCCGGCGACGGCAUCGAUGGUGGUGAAACCCUAGCUUCCAUCAUUGAGAUAGCCUUCCCAUUCAUACCCAGUACAUUUAAAUUCACUGAUGACUUUACUGCAAGGAAACCACUCAUUCAAAGCGACCGAGGUGAAAUGGUCAAAACUUACCCUUCCUCUAUUACUGUUGCUUACCUUAAAAUAGUCCGCAAGGAUUGUAACUGGGAAACCCUUUCUGAAAUCGUUAUCCCCCAUCCAGAUGCUAAUGUAACCAAACUGAGACCGGGUUUCUCGAACAUAUAUACAUAGCCGUUCACGUUUGGCUUGGUACCGAUAAUUGAUCCGAUAAUAAUCGAAAUGUACAAACGCUACAAUAUUUACCUUGCUCAAGUUGGUCCGUCCGUAUGGAGGGCAAUGGCAUGCAUCCGAUUCCUAGCCAACAAAGCAAAGCUUCCUUUUGCCUUGGAUGAUCUCAUUCGGCUUUAUACACCUAGAAUCUUUCGAGGUGAGAUUAUCACCAUAUCCAAGCGAGGUAAGUCUUCGUUCAUCACUAGCUUGGAUGAAGAUAAUGACCGAGGCUGGAUAAAAAGAUUUGUUGCCGUUCUCACGGCAUAAAUUAUCAAAGAGAGGUAUAUGCCCAUCCUGGAGGAAUGAAAUUUGACACGUUUACCCAGAGGAAUCGUUUGACCAAGGGUCGUUAUGAUUGACCCUGUAAUGGAUCCGGAGGCUUCCGCUCAGCGAAUCACUCGAGUUGCAACAAAGAAGACGAAGAAGAAAAAAUCUUCUGAUUCUUCAACAAAGAAGCAGGUGGUUGUUUCCACCGCACCAACUACAUCCCUUCCUCUCAAAAGAAAGAAGAGCUCCGAAGAAGGAAGUUCUUCCAGAUCCAAUGCUGAGAAUGAAGACAGAGGUGCUUCAAAUUUUCCAAUCCCCUCGGCUCCUGAGACCGUCAUCCUUGAUGAUGACAAAGCAACUGAAAAAGAUUACAUAGUUUUCACAAGAACCAGGUCGGGGACCGUUCCCGAAACUCGACCCGCCACUCCAUUGUCCACCCAGAAUUUGAUGGGGAUGACCUUGAUCACUUCUUUUCUGAAGCCGAUGCCACCAUUGGUGGUAACCUUUUUUUCCAAUAGCCCUCAGGCCGAGUCUUCAAGGCCUUCUCAACCUAGAAUUCCCAUGAGGCUAUCAUCUCCUCGAUGGGCUGCUUGCCCUCUAAGAAACCACGCUUCUUCUCUAGAUCGAUUGGUCGACGUUUAUCCAGCUCCGAGUGUAAAUUCGAAUCAGGUGAGGACUAUUACCAUAUCGAUUACUGAGGACACCAACUUCAUCUUUAGACCCGUUAGUGUUGCAAACUACUUAAGACCUCAGAUCUCGAAAUUGGACAAAAAGAAAAUGAGGGAGGUUUCUUGGAAGUGUCUCAUCAAUGAAGGCAUGCAUGCCACAGGCUGGGUCAGGUUUCUCAUUGGCAAAGGCUUGCGACUUUGCAUCGACGACUUUGAUAAGUUAAAUGCCCAUUUGGGUGAUAAAGAUCGGGAGCUUGAAUUUUAUAAGUCAGAGUUGAGCAGAAGAUAUUCUCAACUAAGCGGAGAUCUUCCGGUCUUGAAGGCUGAACUUGAACAAGUUAAAAAGGACCUUCAACAGGCCAACUAGGAUCUCAAGCAAGCAAAUGAUGAAAAAGAAGCCUUCAGCCAACAAGCCAAUCAACUUCAGGAAAAUCUCAACAAGCUUUAAUUUGAAUUUGAUGGACAAGGGAAAGCCUUGCAUUGAAAUGUUCAAAGGGAGUCUGCUCUCGAUGCCGAAGUCCUAAGACUUAAUGUUGAAUUCUCAGUUAUUAAUGAUGAAUAAAAGGCAAUGGAGCAAGAACAUAACCAUCAUCUUACGAUGCGGAAAGAGCAAAGUUACCAGCGAUCCUUGGUUAUUAAAGGAUUAGAAGCUGAUUUGGCUGCCCUGACCAAAGAGAACAAUGUUCUCAAAGCCCAACGUGAUGAAGCUCUUUUGGAAUGAGACGAGGCUCGUGCUACCGUUGAUGCCCAAGAGUAUUGGUUUAUUCUUCAUGUUGAGUAUACCACUUGUCAAGUCCUGAGGUUCACUCUCGAACAAGUCAGAGAUGGUAUUGAAAACCUCGAAAACAAAAUUGAUGAAGCCUAUAGGCUCGAACUUAAAGCCUUCGAAGCAUUGACUCCUUCCCCCCAUCUUGAUGCCGAUAACUUUGGCGAUGAAAAUGAAGAUGACGGAGGUGAUUAAGAAGAUGACAUUGAAGCUGAAGGUGACACUCUUUCGAGCCUGACUCUUUUUGCUGCUCCUGCCAACCAUGUCAACCCCGACCGUGUUGAUCUUGAUGAGGGGAAUAAAUCCUGACAAUAUAAUUAUGUAAUUUCAUGGCCUUUUGCUCCGGUCCCUGAGACCUUCGUGUUAAUGAAACUUUCUUUACUUUUAGUUUUUUAUUUUCAUUCGAUUAUUUAAUCAAAUCUUUAUCCAUCUCGAUGAUGUUGGC